AUGUCCUCGCGGGAGGCCGUCAACGAGAUGGAGUGGCGUGUUCGCUACACGGAUGGACCAGCUGAGAGCUCAGCUGGUUACGACUCAAGGAGCUCGCCAACGUCACUCACGAAGCUUGAGAACAUCUUGUAUGACAAUGGCGAGGGAACGAAACGAGUGGAAAAGAUGCUGCGGCCCGCACGUCUAGUGAAGAUGGACCAUCUAAGUAUCUAA